AACCACAGCAAUAUGUACAAGUUUUUGGUUCUCGCUGCCCUCAUCGCCUGCUCUGCGGCCAAACCAGGAGUCGUAGCUCCACUGGCUGCUCCCCUGGCUGCUCCUCUGGCCUACGCCAAUGCUCCUCUGUACGCCGCAGGUGGCAGCAGCCAGGUGGAUGUCCGCAACAACUACGACGGCACCCUGUCCUCCUACACCACCGCUCCAUUCGAGUUCGCCGGACCCUACUCCAGCCGCUACGUGUCCGGAGUCCCAGCUGCCCCCGCCGUGGUGGCCAAGUACGCUGCUGCUCCUCUGGCCGCCGCCUACUCUGCUCCUCUGGCUGCUCCCGUUGCUGCUCCUCUGGCCGCUGCUCCCUAUGCCGCCGCCGCCUACUCCGCCUAUCCCUAUGCCUCGCCCUACGCCGCCCCCUACCUGUCAUCUCCAUACGCCGCACCCUACGCUGCACCCUACGCUGCCUCCUAUGCUGCUCCCAUCGCUGCUGCGGCACCAGCUCCAGUGGUGGUCUAA